AGGCGUGUCCUCUCCGCCCCGCGCGCAGGCGCGCUGUACGGGCGCUGAAAUUCAAAUUUGAACGGCCGCAGGAGGCCGAAUCUGACACUGGAGGCUGAGGGAUAGAGGAGAGUAGUUUGGGAGAGUUCUCCCAGCCACGGCCUUCUGGUUCUCUUCAAGUGACACACUGAAUCGGGACUCACUUUUCUUUUUCUGAAUUUGAACCACCGUUUCCGUCGUCUCGCAAUCAACACGCGAACUCCGGGGCGAUGGACCCGUUUACCGAGAAACUGCUUGAACGAACCCGUGCCAGGCGAGAGAAUCUUCAGAGAAAGAUGGCUGAGAGGCCCACAGCAGCAGCAAGGUCUGCCAUGCAUGCUAAGAGAACCAGAGAGCCACUUACUGAAGCAAGUAACCAACAGCCUCUACCUGGUAGUGAAGAGAAAUCUUGUACAAAACCAUCACCAUCAAAAAAACGCUGUUCUGACAACGCUGAAGUAGAAGUUUCUAACUUGGAAAAUGAAAAGCCAGUGGAGUCAGCUUCUGCAAAAGCCUGUCCUCCAAGUCCUCUGCCUCCUCGGGCGCAGCCACAGACGCCAGCUCCUGUCAGUGAUGCCGAGGCUGUCCCGGCACCGCUGCCGGGUGUGAGGACAGGGCUUAACUCAAGACUGGAAGCGAGGGCAGGCUCUUCAGUGAAAACACGAAUGCAAAGACUGGCGGAGCAGCGGCGCCAUUGGGAUAAUAAUGACAUGACAGACGAGAUACCCGAAAGCUCACUCAUGUCACCAAUGCCAUCAGAGGGAAGGGCUGCCUCGCCUCCCAAACCACCCCCUGCAGAUGCCUCGGCAACUCCAGUUGGUAGAAGGGGCCGUCUGGCCAACCUUGCCGCAACUAUUUGCUCGUGGGAAGAUGAUGUAAAUUACUCAUCUGCAAAGCAAAACAGUGCACAAGAACAGCCUGGUACCACUUGUUUAUCCAAAUUUUCCUCUGCAAGUGGAGCAUCUGCUAGGAUCAAUAGCAGCAGUGUCAAGCAGGAAGCUGCAUGCUGUUCCCAAAGGGAUGGUGAGGCCUCUUUGAAUAAAGCUCCGUCCUCGAGUGCUGUGGGUGCAUCUUUGAAUGAUGCUACAGUUUCCAGCUCUGUGAAAGCUGCUUCUUCCCCAGUGAAAUCUUCUACUGUAUCCCUUGCUGAAGCUAAAAAUUGUGAGGUACAAAAUCCUGAGCUACUUCACAAAACUCCUGUUAGUCUCCUGAAAACAGAGGUAUCGAAACCAACUGGGAAGUCAACCGUAUCCCAGACAGUUGGGCCCAAAGAAGAAUUAAAUAGAGAAAUAUGUCGGCAGUCUCAAUCUAAAGACAAAUCUGCAACACCAGGUUAUGUAUCUUUUUAAAAAUCUACAGGAAUUAAGCCUUUCCUGGAGCGCUUUGGAGAGCGUUGUCAAGAACACAGCAAACAAAGUCCUGCUCGGAGCACACCCCAAAGAACCCCCAUUAUCACUCCAAAUACAAGGGCCAUCCAAGAAAGAUUAUUCAAGCAAAACACAUCUUCAUCUACUACUCAUUUGGCACAACAGCUCAAGCAGGAACGUGAGAAAGAACUAGCAUGUCUUCGUGGCCGAUUUGACAAGGGCAAUUUAUGGAGUGCAGAAAAAGGCGAAAGCUCGAGAAGCAAACAACUAGAAACCAAACAGGAAAUUCACUGUCAGAACACUCCCCUCAAAAAACACCAAGCUGUUUCAAAUACCCCAUCGCUUCCAGUAACGGAAAAGGUGACAGAAAAUCAAACACCAGGAAAACCUUCCAGCACAGAACCUACAGGUUUCACUGAACAUAAAAUGACGAAGUCUAGCCCUUUGAAAAUCACAUUGUUUUUAGAAGAGGAUAAGUCUUUAAAAGUAACAUCAGACCCAAAGGUUGAGCAGCAGACUGAAGUGGUACGUGAAACUGAGAUGAGUGUGGAUGAUGACGAUGAUAUCAAUAGUUCAAAAGUAAUUAAUGACAUCUUCAGUGAUGUCCUGGUGGAAGGUGAGCUGGACAUGGAAAAGAGCCAAGAGGAGAUGGACCACGCAGAAGCAGAAAGCGCUGAAGAACAGGAAGAUGCACUGAACAUCUCCUCCAUGUCUUUGCUUGCUCCGUUAGCACAGACCGUUGGUGUGGUAAGUCCGGAGAGUUUAGUUUUCUCACCUCGAUUGGAAUUGAAAGAUUCCAGUGUAAGUGAUGAAAGUCCAAAGCCAGGGAAAUUCCAAAGAACCCGUGUUCCUCGAGCUGAGUCAGGUGAUAGCAUUGGUUCUGAAGAUCGUGAUCUUCUUUAUAGCAUUGAUGCGUACAGAUCUCAAAGAUUCAAAGAAACAGAACGUCCUUCAAUAAAGCAAGUGAUUGUUCGGAAGGAAGAUGUUACUUCGAAGUUGGAUGAGAAAAAGAAUGCCUUUCCUGGUCAAGUGAACAUCAAACAGAAAAUGCAGGAACUCAAUAAUGAAAUAAAUUUGCAGCAGACAGUAAUCUAUCAAGCCAGCCAGGCUCUUAACUGCUGUGUUGAUGAAGAUCACGGAAAAGGGUCACUAGAAGAAGCUGAAGCAGAAAGACUUCUCCUCAUUGCUACUGAGAAGAGAACACUUUUGAUUGAUGAGUUGAAUAAAUUGAAGAACGAAGGGCCCCAGAGGAAGAACAAGGCUGGUCCCAUAUCCCCAAGUGAAUUUGUCGCAUCCAAGGGAUCAGUUACUUUGUCAGAAAUCCGCUUGCCUCUAAAAGCAGAUUUUGUCUGUGGUACAGUUCAGAAACCAGAUGCAGCAAAUUACUAUUUCUUAAUUAUACUAAAAGCAGGAGCUGAAAAUAUGGUAGCCACACCAUUAGCAUGUACUUCAAAUUCUCUUAAUGGUGAUGCUCUGACAUUCCCUACUACGUUUACUCUGCAAGAUGUAUCCAAUGACUUUGAAAUAAAUAUUGAAGUUUACAGCUUGGUACAAAAGAAAGAACUCUCAGGCCCUGAUAAGAAGAAAAAGGCACACAAGUCCAAGGCUAUUACUCCAAAGCGACUUCUCACAUCUAUAACCACAAAGAGCAGCCUUCAUUCUUCAGUCAUGGCCAGUCCAGGUGGUCUCCAUGCUGUGCGUACCAGCAACUUUGCCCUUGUUGGGUCUUACAUACUGUCAUUAUCUUCAGUAGGAAACACUAAAUUUGCUCUGGACAAGGUACCCUUUUUAUGUCCCUUGGAAGGUCAUAUUUAUUUAAAAAUAAAAUGUCAAGUGAAUUCAAGUGUUGAAGAAAGAGGUUUUCUAACCAUAUUUGAAGAUGUUAGUGGUUUUGGUGCCUGGCAUCGAAGAUGGUGUGUUCUUUCAGGAAAUUGUAUCUCUUAUUGGACUUAUCCAGAUGAUGAGAAACGGAAGAAUCCCAUAGGAAGGAUAAAUCUGGCCAAUUGUACAAGCCAUCAAAUAGAACCAGCCAACAGAGAAUUUUGUGCAAGACGCAACACUUUUGAAUUAAUUACUGUCCGACCACAGAGAGAAGAUGACCGAGAGACUCUUGUUAGCCAAUGCAGGGACACUCUCUGUGUCACCAAGAACUGGUUGUCUGCAGAUACCAAGGAAGAGAGGGAUCUCUGGAUGCAAAAACUCAAUCAAGUUCUUGUUGAUAUUCGCCUCUGGCAACCUGAUGCUUGCUACAAACCUAUCGGGAAGCCUUAAGCUGUGGGAAGUUUCUAGGCCAUUUAGAGUUUUUUUUGAGCUAUGUCAUAAAUGUACCUUAAAAGCAUCAGAUUUGCUGAUUGCAUUUUAUGCUUUAAUUACGAGAGGGUAUGUGCCAAUAUUCACUACAUAUUAUGCAGUAUUUAUAUCUUUUGUAUGUAAAAUUUCAACUGAUUUCUCUUCUGUCAUUCAUAAAUGAUUGGAAGAAAAUUCAUUAUAGUCAGUUUUGCUAAAUCUUAAUUUAAAAAAGCCUCAUUUUCCUAGAAACCUAAUUAUUCAGUUAUUCAUGACAAAAUAUUUUUUUAAACGUAAGGAAUUGUGAGUUGUCUUGGAGCUGUGGGUCUCAAAGUAGAAAGGUCUUCCGGGGGCUGGAGACAGAAACCUCUGACUUGCUCAUCUUUUCUCUAGCCUUGGUACUUCUUUCUAAAGUUUGUGAUCGUUUACUGAUCAUGAGAUAUCUUGUUAGUAGAGUACUGAGAAAACUUCCAAGGGACUUUACAGAAACAUUUUUAGUAAUGGAGGCAAGAACUUUUUAAAUAGCAAAUGUACAUUUGUUUAAAGCUUGAGGCUGCCUUUAAACAGGAGAUGUGGACAUAGGGGAUAUUGUGGGAGAUUUGGGGGUUAAAUAUUUUCUAUAGAAGAGUUAAUAAUCACAUGGUUUACAUUUACUCAGUUUCUAUAGAUGCUGUGUGGUGCACAUUUUCAUAGAGUACAGGCUUUUAAAAAUAAUUAUUUUUGCUAUAUAGCUAAGACUCCACUUGGCAUAUCAGUUCUUUCUGCUCUUGUAACAAGAAUAAAUGUAAAUUGAAGAAUCUUUGUAUAAAGAAAGUAAACUUUACCAAGCUGCUAUGGACUAAUACUUUGCCUGCCAAAGUUCUUGUCUUUUUUUUUUUCCCUGUCCAAGCAGGACAGUGUCUAGAAGCACAUUGUGAAAUCUUUUGAAAAACUAUUGAGUCAUGCAUUACCUUUGAAAGCCCAAUUCUUUAUUUUAUGAUAAAGUAUUGUAAAGCAUGGUCACAUCUUUUAAAUAUACUUUGAAUUUCUUCUCUGAAUUGUUAAAGUUAUUGACGAUCUCAUUUAUAAACACUAAAUUCCGUCACCUCCUGUCAUUUAAUUUGUAUUCAUUCAAUGUGUUUUUGUUAUGUGUAUUAUAAAAAUAUAUUUUAUGAUCUCUUACCCGAAUAAAUGCUUGCAGAGGACUUAAGGAA